AUGGAUCUCAAAGACCAUUUCGCUCGCGAAGCCACAGAAGACAUCGAGUCCGUGUUUUUGAUAUCAAAGUCCAAUUGUGCCUUUGUCAAUUACAAGACGGAAGAGAGCUGCGUCGCAGCCAUGGCACGAUUCCACGACUCGAGGUUCAGAGGCGCUAGGCUUGUUUGCCGAUUGCGACGAGGUAGUAAUAGUGGUGUUUCACCAGCAUCUGCUACUACUACACAGCCAGAACAAAAGGCUAUACAAGAUGGAUCAACCGACGGCGAUAUACCUGUCGCAUCCCAUGAUCAACAAGAGCCAAGCACUGUAGCUUCAGCUAUAGUAUCUACUUUACCUAUGGAGAAGAUUGCGAAAGAGAAAUUUUUCAUUAUCAAAAGCUUGACGCUCGAAGACCUUGAACGAUCGGUGAACAGCGGAAUAUGGGCUACUCAGGGCCACAACGAGCAGAAUCUAAACCUUGCUUUCAGGACUGCUGAGAACGUCUACCUCAUCUUUUCUGCGAACAAAUCCGGGGAAUACUUUGGGUACGCACGAAUGGACAGCGAGAUCAGUGCUGAUGUCGUGCCCAUACAAAAGGAGGAAACACCAAAAGUACCUUUGGCGAUUCCCACACCUGCCGAAGCACCAUUGACUAUCCCCACAAGUGCCACGGCCACAGCACCAAGGGGAUAUAUCAUCGACGAUUCUGCUCGAGGCACCAUCUUCUGGGAAGCGGAAAAUACUUCUCUCAUGCCGGACAGUGCUAUCGACGCUGGCGAUUCUGGUGAGACGUCUGGCGAAGAGAGUGCCCAACAAGGAUCACUUACUCAGCAGACCACCUUUGGCAAACCUUUUAAGAUCACAUGGCAGUCUACUGAAAGGUUACCAUUUUACAGAACCAGAGGCUUGAGGAACCCUUGGAAUGCCAAUCGUGAGGUCAAGAUAGCAAGAGAUGGUACAGAACUUGAGCCCACAGUCGGGCGAAAACUGGUCGGCAUGUUCGAACAACAAGCGCAGAUCAAUGCCGCUGCACGAACAGGAGCUCCUCCUCAACAGUAUGGCUACUCUCAGCAAAUACCUCAAUACCCUACGAUGGUGUCUCAAAGUCCCUAUGGCUACGGUGGUCAUGGUGGAGGACCGGCUUACGGUCGACCCUAUUGA